GUCGUAUAGUGGGAGACAAUAAUAUUAAAAAUAUUGGGUUAGAAUUAGAGGUGCCGUUGAAAAAGUUGUUAACGGCAUCUGUGCUAAUUUUUUGGUUGAACUUUGAUAUUUUUUUCAUAAAAAAACUACAUAACUGACAUGAAUAACGUUGAAGAGGAAUUUCAAAAGUUACAAAUCCUAGAAAAAAGUAAUCAAAGUUUCAAUUAUCAAUAUGUUACUGUAUUUAAGAAUCCAAGUAAAUUACCCAUAAAUCAAAUACAUUUGGAAAGAAUUUGGUAUGAAUUGAAACAUGAUAUUCCUAAAGAUUUAGACUAUUUAGAAUUAUCCGAAGAUGUACUCAAAAAAAAAAUUUACAACAAAAAAUCUGAAAUUAUUCCAGCUUUGGAUAAACGAUGGCUGCCAAAAAUAAUUUUGUAUAAAUUUCAACCAUAUAUCUUCACUUUUCCAAAAGAAGAAGAUAUAUCGUUUUUAGCAAACAAUUUAUUGUAUAUAGAUAGCUUAGAUUAUUUUCUGAAGUGUAAUUUCCACCAAUUCUGGUGUACUAUUUUAUUCGAACCAUCGGCUGCUGUUUCAUUAAGAAGCUUUAUCCUAAAUCCCAUACUCCCCUAUCAAGUGGCGUAUUUAGAAGACGAAUAUGCCAAAGUUUAUAGUACAGUAUUUGAAAAGUUUCUACAGGUUUAUAAAAGACUGAUACAAUUUAGAGCAUCACAAGAUGAAUAUUUAUCUGAAGAAUAUGCUUAUGAAAAACUAUUAGAAAAGAAAUUGAUUAAUUUACCUAUCGUUAACACAUUAGCGUUAAUUUAUAAAGAUUUCAAUGCCGAUUUUGUUAAUUCAAUAACUUUGUUAUAUUUUAACGAUACAACACAUUUGGAUUUUCAAUUUAAGGAAGUUGAAGGGAGCAUUGAUCAAACUUUACUGAUAUUAGAAAUGAUAGGUGGACACGUUUGCGGAUUUAGGGAAAAUGCUGUUGUAGUUCCGAUUGCAGUUUCCCCUCGACCCUCAAUAUUCAAUUUAACUUGGGUUUAUUCAGUAGUUAGUUACCUGUUGAAUACGAUGUCGUUAUUACACACCCUUUUAGAAUACUAUAAACCUGCUAUGGAAUUGUGCAUAAAAAAAGAUUUGCCUUUUAGGUUGCCUUUUACUUAUACGAGCAUCUACAGAGAACUUUACGAGUUGAUGAGUAAUAGAGAAGAAUUAGAAAUGCAAACGAUGCUUUGCGAAAGAGUAUUCGAUGAGAUUAACUUGGGUCGAUCUGAAUUUAUCGAUGUUUAUCACAUGUUUGUCUCUUACUGUUUAGACAAAACUUUGGAAUGCUUGGGCGAUGAUAAAAAACAAGAAGAAUUGGUUGAAUUAUAUUUGAAAUUAAUGAACGUAGCUUUAGAAGAUGAUUAUUUUAUCUGUGAUUAUAACGUAAAAUAUAAUGUUGCUAGCCAAAAUGAAAUGUUUGAAAGUUGUACUGCACUAGACACAACUCGAACUGAAUUCAUAGUAUCCUGUAUAAACAAACUUCCUAGACAUAAAAAAUUAAUACAACUCUUAAAAUUGAAGAACGAAACAAUCGAAGAUGUAUUCAAACGAUUCAAACCACCGGAAAUAGAGCCAGAAGUGGAACCAGUAGCGGGUCCCUCGGAAACCAAUCAAAAACGAAAUAACGAAGUUGAAUUGGAUGUUAAAAUAAAGGAAAUCAUGGAUAUGUUUCCUCAUUUUGGUGACGGUUUUAUACUGAAAUGUUUGGAAGCGUACGAUUUUAAUUCCUCCGAUGUGAUAAAUGCUAUUUUGGAAGAAAAUCUACCGCCUCACUUGUACGAAAUUCCUUUCGACGAGAUUAGAAUACCCCCGGAACCGGAACCUGAAAAGCCCGUUUUGGCUUAUCGGGGUAAGAAACCCGAUUAUGAUGACGCCUUGGCUUUACUUAAUGAUAAGGAGGAGAUCAAGCAGUUGAAACCGAUAUUUUUGGAAAAAAUUCAAUAUUCUAAUGAUUAUCUGUACGAUGACGAAUAUGAUGAUAGAGACGACGAUGAUGUACCUAUUAAAGUCGCUGAUAAUCCAUUAGAAAAAGAACUACUCACUUACAAUCCUAAUCACGAUGAUGUAGCUAGUGAUUCCAGUGAAUCUGAAGAAGAAUUAUCCGAAAGUAGUACUCAGAAAACGAACGUUAGAUCUGGUACCCAAAGCGGAUCAGGUGACAAGAGGAACAGGAUGAACUUCUGUGAAGAUCCUGCUGUAAUACGAGAAAGAAGAGAAGCGAAAUUCAGAUCACACCAUCGACCGCCACAACAAACGAAAUCCAACGUUGUCGGUAAACCGAAAGGACAAGGACAAGAGAAGGACGUUUUGAAAGCGAGAGAUAAGAAGAACGUCAACAAAUCCUCGAGGGCUAAUCACAAUAGGAAAAGCGGGGCCCAGUGGAAGAGGAGCAGGGGAAUGUUUCCCAUGUAACAAUCGUACGGAGAAUAAAUAUGGAAGUUUGGAACAAUGGGAACGGAAUAUUUGUAAAUAAAAAGGGAAGGAAUAAAACUUAUUGUUUAGUAUAAAAUUAUUUAAUAAAUACACAAUAAAGUUACGUUUUUCCAAAAAAAAAAAAUGGUAAUAAUUGUUUAAUCAUAUAGGUCCAUCAAUUCGGCACAAUUCUUCCUAAUUAUUGUAUACUAACUUUUUCGCUAAGCACCAAAAAUUUUUUUUAUAUUUUACAUCCACAAGCUGUCAAAAAUGACGUGUAUUUGACAAUAGAAUUCCUAUUUGAAUGCGAUAUUCAAUUUUAUUAGUGUAUAGCAUUGAUUCUAUAGGAUCCGAAAUCUAUCAAUAAAAAACUGGGCUACCAUCUCGUUUUGUAUUCACGGAAACAAACUAGUGGAUAAAUUUCAUACAUUGAUUCGUUUAAAACAAAAACAGGUACCGAUUUGCAAUUACAAUCACCCAGAAUGAAGAUAUUAAACUGUCUGAUCCAUCAAACUUAAUAAGUAAUAAAAUACUCCAAUUGAAUGAUAAGAUAUGAACCAAUAUUUACUCUAAGAGAAACCAAUUACAAACUUUCCAUUACACUGUCUGGUCCUUCAAGCCGGAUACAAGAACUAACGAUUCAUGAAAAGCUUCAACAACCAUUCUAAAGAAGAACCAGUUUUAAACCAUCAUAGCAAUCCGAUUACACUUUCUGGUCCUUCGAGUCGUAUAAGAACCAAAGAUUUACGAGGAACCAGUUCAGUAUCGUUAUCAGUCCGGUGACAUUGUCUGAUAUUUCAAGAUAAAUAAAAACCAUCUAUAAAAGGCUCAAAAAAUCAAGUAAUGUAAUCGAGUAAUCAUGAAAUUAACUUAGAAUAAGAGGAAUUAGAGGAAAUGUCUUCUUUUAUCAGAACAAUACCAUAAAUAAACCGUACCCCACACGAAAUU